UGGACGUCAAGAUGCUGCUGCUGCACUACAGAGAACAAAGGAUGUAUUGAGAAAACUAGGAGACUCUGUAUAAGUCUUCAGCAGCGGCAAAAUGAAAUCUGUCAUCAAACCAGUCAGUAUGUGGACUGUCAGAAACAUCUGUUGUCUUUCUGGGGUUCAUUCUGGUUCAGUCAGUCUUGUUAGCCCAUUUACACUGUUCUUACCCCCCCAUACAUGCUCCCUGUUCCCACUGCUAACCUACACACUGUUCCACUGAACUGAAUGGGGUCUCACUUCUCAUUCAAUUUAGCAGCCAGAACACAAAAUCCAAGAAAAUAUGGCAUAAGUGCCUAUAACAGUGUGCAAAUCUUUAGCUUAGCAACCGUCUAUAGGCACCCCAACAUGUCAAUGCACUGCAGGCGCCGACCGAGCACGCGCCUGACGCUGAACGCUCAUUUUUUCAGUGCGUUAUGUUGUUCAGCCAAAUGCAACCAACAAGGGAGCUCCUGGUGUCAGGAAGUCGCCAUGAGGUCUUCUAGUGUGCCUGUGUGGAAACUAGGCCCGAACCCCAACCUGAAACCCACAAACAGCCCUGUGAAGCUGUGAGGACUGGCCACAGUGUCCUCACAGUGAUGCUUUCAAACCAAACUGCUUCCACAGAAAGACACACACACCAUAUGCCACCACCUCGGCAUCGGCCUUAGUACUAAAUAAGUAAAUGGAGGCAAGGUUGAAGCGUAGGAGGGUUGGCACAAGUGUGUCUCUGUGUAUACAUCUCUGUGUGUUUUUGUGUGUGUCUCCUAGCAACCAGCACACCGCUCUCAGUCUGUGUUUAGCCGAGGAGCGGCGCCGCUCUGAGGAAUCUCAGAUUCAGCAGGUGUGUGCGUCAUCAACUGUAGGUAGAGUGAUAACUGGCGAAAGAGCAGACCUGUGGGCGAAGCAGAGAUCAGGAGCAGGGCCAGAUUCGACCUGCUGGAGACACAGCUUCAUCGGCCUCAUCACAGAUGUGGAGGAUGUUUUUCGGCAGCCUUCUUUCUCUCCAUGUCUAAACCAGACCAUUAAAAAAUGAGUCCUCAUCAGCAGAAAUGUCUUAUUAUUGUUGGUCCAUCCGUUCUCUAAAUUUCACCCUCAACGUGCCGCCUCACCUGUUUUCUUCCGUUUUUGUUUCCAAAUGUUUGUUUGUUUAUUUCAUCAGUCCUCACUUUCCUGUCCGCCCGGUUCAGGGCCGUAGCUUCCACGACAUUUGGGAGAUAUUUCUUUAGACUGGUUUAGACUAGAUUUUAUAGAUCUUAGAUUGACUUGGACCAACAAAAUCAAUAAAUAAAAUGUAAUAUUUUUUGGGGAAUACAACAGCAGUACUUUGUUUCAGGCUAUGUGUUGUCCUUUUCUAAGUUUCUUACUGUUUCUUAGAAAACAAUACUGGUGUAACGUGGUGCUAAUGAUCAGAAACUGAGACAGUUCGAGGAAUUUGCUCAGUGAAGCAGCUUCCUUUAAAUAAAUCACUCCAGUUGUUCCCCUCCAGAUGUUUUGUAUUUAAGAGGGUCAUUUUUAAGCCAAGUAUUUUUAAUGUUGAUUUUAGAAAAGUUGAUGGAUUUAUUAAUUUAAACAAAUCAACCCAGAACUUCUCCCUCUUGAAACUCUGCUGUUUAUUACCAGGAACAGUUUACUCAAGAGCAACGAAAGUGAGACUCACUUUCUAAAUGAAAGCAACUCUGCCAAGCUACAUCUCUCCAUCAAUCAUCCAUCCAUCAGUCCAGGAGGCUUCCCUCUCUCCUCUCCUCCCUCCUCCUCCUCUCCAGCCACUGUUGACGUCCACGGCUCUGUCACCCGCAUCACCGCUUUCCACGCUACUCUCCAGUCCAGUCAUGUAGUCGUUAUGGCUCUUCUAACUCCCUCUGCGUUAACAGCCUUCCUCUGUUCGUCUUCUCACAGCUCUUCUGUGUUUUUCUCAGGUGUCUUGUAGUUAAUCACUCGUCGUUUCUGUCCGAAACUCUUCUUUUUGCGCUUUUCGGACGCUUUAGAGAGUUCCGUGCGUCCGAGCAUCCCACACCUGUCCGCGGCUUACAUCCGUCCUCGGGCUGCUCCAUCUGGACUGUUCGCCUCCCGCUCUGCCGUUUAAUUUCCCUGUUCGAUCUCCGUGCGGUCAUUUCUCCUCAUCGUGACUGCAAAUUGUUUCCGUGCAAGGUUGGAAGACACCAGGGAAAAGGUUCAUAUGAGUGCGCCUCCGCUGAUCCGUGCGCCCAGCCUGCUCCCGUUCUCAGGGGGGACAAACAACACCAAUACCGGCACCGGGGGAGGAGGUGGUGCUGGUGGAGGAGGAGGAGGUGGCGGUGUGAUCUCCUUCCACAUCCAGAUCGGUCUGAGCAGGGAGCCUGUGCUGCUCGACGCCGCAGACCUCAGCCUCAGUCAGGUCCGGGAGGUGGCGUGCUCCAUCAUAGACCAGAAGAUACCAGAGUGUGGUUUCUAUAGGAUGUAUGAGAAGAUCCUGCUGUUUCGUCAUGACCAGACGUCGGAGAACGUGCUGCAGCUGCUGCGCUCGGCCUCUCAGAUCCAGGAGGGAGACUUGGUGGAGGCCGUGCUGUCAGCCUCAGCCACAGUAGAGGACUUCCAGAUCCGUCCGCACUGUCUGUUCGUCCACUCGUACCGAGCUCCGGCCUUCUGCGACCACUGUGGAGAGAUGCUGUGGGGACUCGUACGACAGGGGCUCAAAUGUGAAGGUUGUGGUCUGAACUAUCACAAACGCUGUGCCUUUAAAAUCCCCAAUAACUGCAGCGGGGUGAGAAGGCGUCGUCCAUCCAACGUGUCCCUGACUACACUGAUGAUGCUUUACUGGUCAGUAGUCUGGUGUUACAGGUGUUAUAACCAGAGCCCCUCUCUGUCUCCAGUCAGUCCCAACAUGGAGCAGAAAAACCAGUUAGAUUACUUCCCUGGCAGAGAGCGGCGUUCCAGCUCGCAGUCGUAUGUUGGCCGCCCCAUCGAACUGGACAAGAUCUUGUUGUCCAAGGUCAAAGUUCCCCACACCUUCCUGAUCCACUCCUACACCCGACCUACGGUCUGCCAGCACUGCAAGAAGCUGCUGAAAGGCCUGUUCAGACAGGGGCUGCAGUGUAAAGAUUGUAAAUUUAACUGUCACAAGCGAUGUGCUCCCAAAGUACCAAACAACUGUCUGGGAGAAGUUUCCAAAAACGGAGAGCUCCUGAGCCCGGGGGCGGACUCAGACGUUGUUAUGGUGGAGGGUUGCCUUGAUGACCAUGAUGUGGACAGAGGUGGCGGCCUGCUGGAUGACCUGGAUGAUGUGCUUUCAUCAGAGGGGGGUCUCCUGCUAGAUGCAGUGCCCGGCGACUUCUGUGACCUGCACGACUCCGACCUGGACGAAUCCUCCCGCGCCAUCAGCCCGUCCACCAGUAACAACAUCCCUCUGAUGCGAGUAGUUCAGUCCGUCAAACAUGCAAAGAGGAGGAGCAGCAAUGUGAUGAAGGAGGGCUGGAUGGUCCACUACACCAGCAAGGACACUCUGAGGAAAAGACAUUACUGGAGACUGGACAGUAAAUGCAUCACACUGUUUCAGAACGACACAGGAAGUAAAUACUACAAGGAGAUCCCUCUGUCAGAGAUCUUAUCCCUGGAACCAGCUCAGACCUUCUCUUUGCUUCCUGAUGGAGCCAACCCUCACUGCUUUGAGAUCGCCACCGCCUCGCUCGUCUACUACGUUGGGGAGAACCUGCUGAGGUCUGAGUCGUCUGUGAGCGGCAGCAGCCUUCUGGUCAGUGGUGUGGGACAGGAUGUGGCUCGGAUGUGGGAGAUGGCCAUUCAGCAUGCUCUCAUGCCAGCUGUUUCUACUGGAGUGUCGCACUCGUCCCACCGCGCUGGACACAAGGAAGUUUCCAUCAGUAUUUCUGUCUCCAACUGCCAGAUCCAGGAGAACGUGGACAUCAACUCCGUGUACCAGAUCUUCCCAGAUGAGGUUCUUGGCUCGGGACAGUUUGGUAUCGUCUAUGGAGGUAAACACAGGAAGUCUGGCCGAGACGUCGCCAUCAAGAUCAUCGACAAACUCCGCUUCCCCACCAAACAGGAGAGUCAGCUGCGCAACGAGGUGGCCAUCCUGCAGAGUCUGCACCACCCUGGUGUCGUCAACCUGGACUGCAUGUUUGAGACGCUGGAGCGAGUGUUUGUGGUCAUGGAGAAGCUCCACGGAGACAUGCUGGAGAUGAUCCUGUCCAGUGAGAAAGGACGACUGCCGGAGAGGAUCGCCAAGUUUCUGGUCACACAGAUCCUGGUGGCUUUGCGUCAUCUUCACUUCAAGAACAUCGUCCACUGUGAUCUGAAACCUGAAAAUGUCCUGCUGGCCUCUGCAGACUCCUUCCCACAGGUGAAGCUGUGUGACUUCGGUUUCGCUCGGAUCAUCGGUGAGAAGUCGUUCAGGCGCUCGGUGGUCGGCACGCCGGCCUAUCUGGCGCCCGAGGUCCUGAGGAACAAAGGCUACAACCGCUCUCUGGACAUGUGGUCAGUUGGAGUCAUCAUCUAUGUCAGUCUCAGUGGGACGUUUCCAUUUAAUGAAGAUGAGGACAUCAACGAUCAGAUCCAGAACGCUGCCUUCAUGUACCCCCCCCAUCCCUGGAAGAAAAUCUCCCAGGAAGCGAUUGACUUAAUUAACAACCUGCUGCAGGUUAAGAUGAGGAAGAGAUACAGUGUGGACAAGACCCUCAGUCACCCCUGGUUACAGGACUACCAGAUGUGGUUGGACCUGAGGAACUUGGAGUCCCGGAUGAACGAGCGCUACAUCACCCAUGAGAGCGACGACCUGCGCUGGCACCACCACGCCCAACUCAGCGGCCUUGACUACCCCCCACACCUCGGCAACAGCGGCCAGGGGUUGGAGCGUUACCAGGAGCAGCAGGAGGAGCUGGAGACCCUCAGUGAGAGGGUCAGUGAACUCUGAGGACAAGAACACGUGUAGAGUUUCACAGCCACCGUAACAAAAUGAACAAAAGCACAAAACUAAAACAAGUGGAGAGAGUUUAAAAUGAUUAAUAGAAUAACAUUAAACAAACAAGGCUCAUUUUAAAGAUAGGCUAAGGCCCAGCUUACCCCUUGGCCCUACCCCUCCAUGCGUUCAGUGCUGGCGCAUCCCGACUCUCCCCAAGAUGGGAGUGGGAGGGCAAGGUGGUCGGGUCACAUGGCUCUUCAAACAAAGGAUUUCCAGAGGCAGACUCAAAGCCAGGUGGUAUGAGGCCAACUACAGCAAGGCCCAAUCCCAUUUCUUAUU